CGAGAUUCUUCUUGGAUUACCGUUCGUCGAUAUCGUGCUACUGUCAAACUAUCUUUUCGUUCAAGUGUGCUUCGCAGUCUACAGUUUUGCGGAAAUAACUUUGCGGCAAAAUCAAUUUCUACGCCUAUUUUAGUGUUGUAAAAUAACGAAACAAUGCAACCCCAAAUUGUUCUACUUAAGGAAGGUACCGAUACCUCCCAAGGAAAGCCGCAACUUAUUUCAAACAUCAAUGCCUGUCAAUCGAUUGUUGAUGCGGUUCGCACUACUUUGGGUCCACGAGGAAUGGAUAAGCUGAUUGUGGACAAGAACGGAAAAGCAACGAUCUCUAACGAUGGAGCAACCAUCAUGAAGCUGUUGGACAUUGUCCAUCCGGCGGCAAAAACCUUAGUUGAUAUUGCGAAAUCACAAGAUGCGGAAGUUGGAGAUGGAACAACAAGCGUGGUUCUGUUGGCGGGAGAAUUCCUGAAGCAGCUGAAACCAUUUGUUGAAGAAGGCGUUCACCCGAGAAUCAUCAUCAAAGCGGUACGUAAAGCACUUACGCUUUGCAUUGCAAGAAUCAAUGAGCUUGCAUUCAAAAUCGAAAAACAUGAUAAUGAGAAACACCGCGCGUUAUUGGAGAAAUGUGCAGCCACAGCGAUGAAUUCAAAAUUGAUUCACCAACAGAAAGACUUUUUCUCGAAGAUGGUUGUUGAUGCUGUGACUACAUUGGAUGUUCUUCUUCCAUUGAACAUGAUUGGUAUCAAAAAGGUCACUGGAGGUGCUUUAGAAGAGUCCCAGCUUAUUGACGGAGUAGCAUUCAAAAAGACCUUUUCUUACGCUGGGUUUGAAAUGCAGCCUAAAUCUUACGAUAAUGUAAAAAUCGCUCUAUUGAAUAUUGAAUUGGAACUGAAAGCCGAACGCGACAACGCUGAAGUACGGGUAGACAAUGUCAAGGAAUACCAAAAAAUAGUAGAUGCUGAAUGGCAAAUUCUGUAUGACAAGUUAGAAAAAAUCCACAAAUCCGGUGCCCAAGUUGUUCUUUCUAAGCUGCCUAUUGGUGAUGUAGCGACACAAUAUUUUGCUGAUAGAGAUAUGUUUUGCGCUGGACGCGUCCAGGAAGAAGAUCUGAAACGCACCUUGAAAGCCUGUGGUGGAGCAGUAAUGACAACCGUCCAAGAUAUCGAUGACAAAGUGUUGGGAAAUUGUGCACAUUUCGAAGAGCGACAGGUUGGAUGUGAGCGUUUCAAUAUCUUCCAAGGCUGUCCGAAUGCGAAGACUUGCACUAUAAUUCUUCGCGGUGGAGCUGAACAGUUUCUGGAGGAAACGGAACGAUCGCUUCAUGAUGCUAUCAUGAUCGUGAGGCGUACCAUUCGUAAUGAUUCGGUUGUUGCUGGCGGUGGAGCUAUUGAGAUGGAACUUUCAAAAAUGCUUCGUGAUUAUUCGCGCACUAUUGCUGGCAAGGAGCAACUAUUGGUUGGUGCCAUAGCAAAAGCACUUGAGGUUAUCCCUCGUCAGUUAUGUGAUAACGCAGGAUUCGACGCAACCAACAUUCUGAACAAACUACGACAGAAGCAUGCCCAAGAUUGCCAAUGGUAUGGUGUGGAUAUCCUGAAGGAGCAUAUUGCUGAUAAUUUCGAGGCGUUCGUCUGGGAGCCGUCGGUCAUCAAAAUCAAUGCCUUGACUGCCGCUUGUGAAGCGACAUGUAUGAUUCUGUCUGUGGAUGAAACUAUCAAAAGUCCCAAAUCAGGAGGUGGUGAAAUGCCUCAAGCUCCAAUGGGACGGGGAAUGGGACGUCCGUUUUAAGCAAACUAGUAUCAAAAAUCCCACAUUUUGCUCCUUCGUUAAUUUAAAGACAGUGUUCACUAAAUAUCGUGGUUAACCUUUUCAUUGCGGCAAAAUUUCGGAGAAGCUCAGGGCAUCAUGCGCAACGAAUACGUUCAAGUUGGAUUACUUUUCGCACGUUACAACAGGUUCGAUUAACUACGAUAAAAUGUACAUUUCUAUCGCAAAAAUGCAGAGAGCAUUGUUCACGCCGUUAUUACACAGAAUACAGUAGAAUCCCGAUUAUCAGCGAAUAAAAUGAGUCGCAAACACGAAACAAAAAAGAUAUUUCAGCAUAAACACUAUGUUCUAUCAAUACAGAAAUCAUUUAGCUAUCCAUCCACAGGGUCGUGCAAACCAGUGGUCAUAUAAUGCGAAAGCCAUGACCAAAACAAAAGAACAUGAGCCCGUCACUAACAAAUUCCAGAUAGAUUUAUUAUAGAACUCGCUGUCGUGAAUAAUCCGCAUCACGGAUCAUCCGCUCGCGGAAUAUCGGGGUUUUACUGUACAACAAUAAAAGUUGAGCAAGUGAUGGUUUUGUGAGAGCUUAUUUUUACGUUCAUCGUGUACACUGAAAGAUGCCGAGUCCUUUUGUAGUGAACGGGUUAACGAUGCUAAUUUCAGAAUCAUUGGCAUUUCUGCAUUGAUUGAGAAGUGUAUCACUUUCAUUUCAUACACAUUGUAUUGAAUGGGCUAGUAACAUCUAUCCCAUUUAUUAAUAUUAACCAGUAAAAUUAUUUCAUUUAUAAAUGUAAUGAAAACCAAUAAAUUACUAAAACUCAG